ACCACUUUCUAAUUACCAAUGUAUAGUUAUAAAUGAAUACUCACAACAAUCAAUCACCAACCAAGAUGGUGAAUUGUUUAUAGGAGGUGUUGGUGUCUUUGCUGGAUAUCUUGGACGUGAUGAUUUAACUGCCAAAGCACUCAUUGAAGUCGAUGGCGAAUUAUUCUAUCGAACAGGUGAUCUUGUUACAAUGGAUAACAAUGGCCUUCUUCAUUUUCGAGGAAGAAAAGAUCAUCAAAUUAAACUUCAUGGACAACGAAUUGAACUUGGUGAAAUCGAACGAUGUUUACUUAACAUCACAUCCAUCUCUGCUUGCGUUGUCAUGAAACAUAAUGAGGAUCAUCUAGUUGCUUAUGUUCAAAGUUCUGACACUAAUGAAGAGGAAUUGCGUGAAGAUUGUCAAUCUCAUCUUCCACCACAUAUGAUACCAUCAAUAUUUAUUAUACUUGAUAAAUUACCGUUGAAUCAAAAUGGAAAAGUAGACCGAAAACAGCUUCCUUCACCCGACUUUUCUUCAGCCACUUUGUUAUCGUCCGAUAAGUCUGAUACUCCUCUUAAUGAGUUCGAAGAACGUAUACACACUAUUUGGUGUCAAGUUCUUCAUUUUAAUGAAAAUCACAUUUCUACAACUACCAGCUUUUUCAGUGUUGGUGGUCAUUCAUUGUUAUUUAUUGAACUUUAUCAUCAUUAUCAAUCAGUAUUUAGCUUUGAUGCUCAUACACUUUCCAUUGCUCCAUUUCUUCAACAACCAACUAUAUCUCAACAUUCACAAUUACUUCAAACAGUUAUAAUGAAUAAUAUCGAGACAACAAAAUGGUACACAUUACACAUAAAUAAUGGUGUUGCUUCUUUUGCUCAAGAACGUAUAUUUCUUGAUGAACAAGUUCGUUUUUCAAGUGAUAUUGCUAUCUAUAAUGAACUGUCAACUUUACAAGUUGUUCAAGGAUCAUUAUCAUCAAAUCGUUUAUUACAAGCAUUUCGAUUCGUUUUGAAUAAACAUAAAAUAUUACGGACAUCUCUUAUAUUCGACAAUAAUGAUAGUAUUUUGAAACAAUGCAUUGCAGACAUACAUAAAACAUUCACAAUAACUAUGAAUCAAACCUUUCAAAAUGAUAACGAACUUCGAGACAUUAUUUAUCAAACAACUAUUAAUCCUACACUCUUCGAUUUAUCAACUGGUCAUGUUUUUCAUGCUGAAAUUCUAAAACAUCAAAUAUCAUUAAACGAAAAUGACAAUAAUAGCAAAGAGUUCAUAAUGAAUUCUGAUGUUCUCCUCAUUGCUUUUCAUCAUGCAGCAUUUGAUCGAGCAAGUCGUUCAAUCUUUUUCAAUGAUCUAUGUUUAGCUUAUAAUACUAAUGCAAUAUCAGAAGAAGAUGAUAAUGAAUCAUUGCAAUAUAUUGAUUAUAGUAUACAUGAACAUCUAAUUGAUAUGACAACAUCUCUUGAAUACUGGUAUUUACAAUUAGAAGAAUACAAUCUAGAAUCUCAAUUAUCAUUACCAGUUGAUCGACAUCGUUUGUCUAAUGAUCAUCGAUCGAGUUUUGCUUCUGUCACUCAAAUCUCUUUUGACAACGAGAUUGCACAAUCAUUUCUUGAUUAUGCUUCUAUACAUCAUGUGACACCAUUCCAGUUGGGACUAGCUAUAUUAUAUACUUUUCUUUUCAAGUUAACGCAUAGCGAAAAUGAUUUAUGUAUUUCUUGUCUUAAUGCUAAUCGAUACAGAACUGAACUGCAGAAUAUAAUGGGAAUGUUUGUUUCAACAUUGCCAUAUCGUAUUCAAGUGGAUCCUCAUUGGUCAUUUGAUGAUCUUGUUAAAUAUGUGCAAGAAAAAUGUUUAUCAAUUCUUGAACAUUCACAUUAUCCACUUCAGCAUAUUCUUGCUAAUUUACAUAUUAAUCAAUCAAAUAUUUCAUUUCUCGAAACAAUGUAUGACUUUAUAACAAUAUCGUCACACAGCGAUGAAUUAUCUUUGGGUGGAACAAAUCUCAAGCAAGUGUCACUCGAACAACCGUUCGAAGUGGCUAAGUUUGAUUUUAUGUUAAUGUUUGUCUAUAACCCAAUAUUAGAAAAUAACAGAUUAUCAUUUCGUUUAACUUGUUCACAUGAUCUGUUUGACGAGAUUACAGUUAAAAAUAUAGGUCAAAGACUAGAAUAUUGUUUUCAACAACUAUUUUCAUUGAAUGAAAAUAUGAACCAGAUUGAUACAUGUUUUACCCCUAUAUCACAAUUUGGUCCUUUUCUACCAGAACAAACUCAAGAAAUGAACGAAACUAUGUUUUGUCGACAAUCACAUAUUAUAAACGAAGCACCAGCAUCAUUUGCACAAAUUUGUCUAUUGCAUAAUGAAUCUAUUCAUUUCACUAAUCAUAUGUCACAAGUACCAAUCUACAACAUGCCUUUUGUUUAUUCUCUCUACUCACAUCAUACUUUAUUAGUACAACAUCUUUGUCAUGCUCUUCAACUAAUCGUCACAAAACAUCAAACCCUUCGAACAUCACUCAUAUACCAUACACACAACAAUCGACUCAUGCAACAAAUCAUCGACUUCAGCCAGCAUAAUAAUACAUUAUUCACAUUUAUUGAAAGCACUUAUGAAACAGAUGAACAACUGAAUCAUAUUCUACAUGAAGAAAAAUAUAAUCUUCAACUUUUUGAUGUUGCUCAAGGUCUUGUCUUUCGAUGUCAUCUUGUUUACUACAAACAAAUCUCUGCAAAUCAUCUUCUGUCUCACAAAGAUCUACUUAUCUUUAACUUUCAUUAUGCUUUAUUUGAUUUUCCAUCGAUGAAUAUCUUUCUUCAUGAUCUCAGUCAAGCAUAUACAACUGGUCAAUUACUAUAUGAUGACAGCACUAAUCUACGUUAUCUCGAUUAUGCUGUUAUUGAACAACAAAUGUCAAUGACUGGUGCAAGUAUGUUCUGGCUUAAUACACUUUAUGAUUGUCAUCUUGAUCAAUCAUUAUCAUUACCAUAUGAUCGAUAUCGUCUUGGAAAUGAACAUCGAACUGGUCGUGGAACAUCUAUUUCUUUUGAUUUUGGUCAAGAUCUGUCACAUGACUUCCUUAUUUAUGCAUCAUCAAACAACAUAUCACUUGAACAUCUCACAUUUGCUGUUUACUUCAUCUUUCUAUUUAAACUAACUAAUGGACAAACAGAUCUAUGUCUGGCUAUGAACAUCAAUAAUCGAUAUAGAGAUGAAUUCAAAUCAAUCAUUGGGCUGUUUGAGAGUGCCAUUCCGUUACGAUGUCAGUUAGAUUCUCAUUGGUAUUUUCAUCAAGUACUUAAAUAUGUUCGAGAGAUAACAACAAAGAGUAUGAAAUAUUCAUAUUUUCCACUUCAACGUAUUCUCGAUCAACAUCCACAUAUUUCAAAACAUACAUUUUUGGAUACAUCUCUGGAAUUCAUAUCAUACACGAGCAGCAACGCAACUAUGGUUGGCGAUUCUCAACUUGUUUCAGGAUCUUUCUCAUUUAACAUUAAUGAAGAUGAGAUAUUAAGUGUAUGCGACUUCUCUCUUUCAUUUCAUCAUGAUACGAACAUGAAUCAACUAUCAUGCACAGUCAAUGCAUCACUUGAUUUGUUCAACAGAGAGACAGUGGAGAAGAUUGCACAACGAUUUCAUUUCAUCUUAAAUCAAUUAUCUGCAUCUAUUAUCGACAGUCAAAUAAACAAACCUAUCUAUGAAAUAUCACUGAUAUUAUCAAAUGAACAAUAUCUAAUGCAAUCAUUGAACAAUACACAAAUAUCGUUUUCAUCUGCUCUCACUUGUAUUCAUCAUGAGUUUGUAUAUCAAGUAAUGAAACAUCCACAGAAACUAGCUGUUGAACUAGAUGAACAAUCAUUGGCAUAUUGUGAACUAUUACAUUAUGUUCAAGUUUUAUCUUUAACUCUUCUUAAUGAAUAUCAUGUGCUUCCAGGUGAGGUCGUAUGUCAAUGUGUUGAGCGAAGUUUGUCGAUGGUAAUUGGUAUUAUGUCAAUUGAAAUGGCUGGUGGUGUUUAUUGUCCAUUAUCACCUCGAGAUCCGCAACAUCGUUUGUAUGCACUUACACAACAAACACAAAGUCGUCUUAUUCUUGUUCAUCAUUUAACUAAGACCAAAUUCAGCCAUGAUAGUGUAUUAUCUAACAAUGAUUCAAUUUUAUUUGACGAACAUAUGUAUGAUACAGUUAGUACUGACCGACUAUCAAAUAUUAUAGUGGCAUCGAACAGUAUGGCUUACAUCAUCUUCACAAGUGGUUCAACAGGAACACCAAAAGCGAUUCGAGUGCGACAUAGAAAUUUUAGUGAGUAUAUGUAUUCAUUAGUAUGUGGUGGUGUAUUGAAGGAGAAAGAUACAAUUAUACAAAUAGCUCGUUGUUCGUUUGAUGUUCAUGUGCAGGAAGUACUUGGUACAUUAACAACUGGAGCUACAUUAGCUAUGUUGCAUCCAGGAGGAAUAAUUGAUUCAAAGUAUCUUGCUGAUGUCAUCAGAAAGAAGAAUGUUACGUGCAUUACCGCUGUACCAACUGUUCUUCAACUUUUAUUAAGUUUUCUGCAACGGUCUAAUGAUAUCUCAACUCUAAUGAGUCUACGAUGCGUUUGCACUGGUGGUGAAAUGUGGUCUGACAAUCUAGCAAACUUAGUUUUUAGUUCAGUCGCGAGUUACUGCAAGCUGUGGAACCUUUACGGUCCAGCUGAAACAACUAUAGUUUGUACCGUUCAUAGAGUAAAUCUCAUGGUUAAUAGGCAAAGUAUAUCAAUUGGUAGACCACUUUCUAAUUACCGAUGUAUGAUCAUGAAUGAAUAUUUACAAUCAUCUUUUGUCAGUCAAGAAGGUGAACUAUUUGUAGGUGGAGUGGGUGUAUUUGCUGGGUAUCUUCGACGUGAUGAUUUGACAGCAAAAGCUCUUAUUGAAAUAGAUGGUCAACUCUUUUAUCGAACAGGUGAUCUUGUCCGAAUGGAUAACAAUGGUCUCCUGCAUUAUCAAGGAAGAAGAGAUCAUCAAAUCAAACUACAUGGACAACGAAUCGAACUUGGUGAAAUCGAACGAUGUCUGCUUGACAUUACAUCUAUCUCUGCUUGUGUUGUCAUGAAAUGGAAUGACGAUUACUUAGUCGCAUAUGUUCAAAGUCCUGAUAUGAAUGAAGCAGAACUACGUGAACAUUGUCAAUCUCAUCUUCCACCACACAUGAUACCAUCAAUAUUUAUUAUACUUGAUAAAUUACCACUGAAUCCAAAUGGAAAAAUAGAUCGAAAACUUCUUCCGCCACCUCACUUCUCAUCAAUAAAUCUCACAAACAGUAUAGAACUAUUACUACCAACAAAUGAUAUUGAAGUUAGCAUUCAUCAUAUUUGGUGUGACAUAUUCAACCUAAAUCAAAUCUCAACUGAUACAAAUAUCUUUACUAUCGGUGGUCAUUCAUUACUUAUCAUGCAACUGUUUCAUCGAUACAAGAUCGAAUUUCAUUUAGAAACAAAUGCUCUUUCCAUUUCUAAUCUAUUUCAACAUCCAACAAUUAUUCAUCAUGCUCAACUCAUUCAACAAUCUGUCAACAUCAUUCACACUUUGGAUAACUCUACUUGGUCUUCACUACAUGUUGUUCUAGCUAGAGCAUCAUUUGCACAAGAAAGAAUCUAUCUAGAUGAACAAAUUCGUUUUUCAUCCAACAAAACAACGAUGAAUAAUAUGUAUACUAUUCCAUUACUUUAUCGAAUAUCAUCUAUGAAUGAUCAGAUAUCAAUUACUCGAUUACAUCAUGCAUUUCAAAGUAUUAUUACAAAACAUAAUAUUCUUCGAACAGCACUUUAUCUUGAUACAAAUGGUCGUAUCUUACAAUAUUGUCUAGAUGCAAAUAUCAUUCAUGAUGAUCAUAUGAAAUCAUACGGAUUGACAAUCGUUAAUCUUCAUAAUGAUGAUAGUCGUCAUAUGACUGAAAUGAUCCCAGAAAUAUUAAAUCAAUCUAAUUUAUUUGACUUAUCAAAAGGACGUGUCAUUCGUUGUCAUAUUUUUCGUCAUUAUCAUCAAUAUCAAGAUAGUGUUUCAUAUGACAAUGAUGAUCUAUUGACUGAAAAUGAUAACAUAUUAAUUAGUAUUCAUCAUGCAAUGUUUGAUGGAGCAUCAACAUCAAUCUUCAUUCGUGAUCUUGCUCUUGCUUAUCAAUCUGAUGACUCUUUACCUGUGAACGAAAAUACAUUGAAUUAUAUAGAUUAUUCUGUUUAUGAACAUAUUAUGGAUAUGUCAUUAUCUCGUGAAUUCUGGCAUUCUCAACUUGAAAGAUACAAUAGUGAAUGUUCAUUGCCAUUACCAGUUGAUCGACAACGUUCAUCAACUAAUCAACAACGAUCAGGUUUAGCAUCCAUAGCUGAGAUCAAUUUUGACAAUGAAUUGUGCACAUCAUUUCUAAAUUAUGCAUCAUCACAUCAUCUCACACUUUUUCAACUUGGGUUAUCCAUAUUUUAUGUCUUUCUAUUUAAAUUAACUCAUGGUGAGACUGAUCUAUGUAUUUCUUCUAUCAAUGCUAAUCGAUAUCGAAGUGAAUUAGGGAAUAUGAUAGGAAUGUUUGUUUCAACAUUACCAUAUCGUGUUGAACUUGAUCCAUAUUGGUCAUUUGAUGAAGUAGUCAAAUAUGUACGAGAAAAAUGUUUAUCAAUUCUUGAACAUUCUCAUUAUCCACUUCAACAUAUUCUUGGUGAUAAUCGAUUAAAUCAAUCGAAUGUAUCAUUUCUUGAGACAAUUUUUGAUUUUAUUAGUUUGUCUAAAGAUGUGGGACAUUUAUGUUUGAAUGGUACAAAUUUAGAACAAGUACAUAUAGAACAAUCAGCUGAAGUGUCUAAAUUUGACUUCUCAUUAACAUUUCUAUACAAUCCGUUGUCAGAUAAUGAGGGAUUAUCAUGUCAAUUUAUUUGUUCACAUGAUUUGUUUGAAAAAUCAACUAUUUCCAAAAUAGCUCAAAGAUUUGAAUAUAUGUUUGAGCAAUUGUUUCAAACACAAUCAAGUAAUACUCCUGUGAUGAAUGUGAGUUCAUCGAUUAACAAAGUGUGUCUUAUUCUUCCUGAUGAAGCUGAAGAAAUGGAAUCAGUCCUGUUUCAUCGACUGGAGAAUAUUGUGAAUGAAGCACCAGCAUCAUUUGCACAAGCUCGUAUUUGGCUUGAUGAACGAAUUCGGUUCGAUCCAGACAAACCUCAAAUAGCAAUCUAUAAUAUGCCUUUUGUUUAUCGUCUUCAAUCAGAGCAUAUUUUAUCAGUUAAACGACUUUGUCACGCUCUUGAUCUCACUGUUAACAAACAUCCCUCACUUCACACAUCACUUUAUUUUGACAUCGAAAAGAAUCUACUUAUGCAACGGGUUAUUACUCACGAAGAUAAGAGUAAUAAUGCAUUUUCAAUCAUCGAAACUACUUAUGAAACAGAUGAACAAUUAAAUGAGAUUUUACACGACGAGAAACGUAAUCCUUGUCUUUUUGAUCUCGCUCAAGGUCUUGUCUUUCGAUGUCACAUUAUUUAUUAUAAACAAAUUUCUUUUAAUCAUCGUCUUUCUCAUAAAGAUCUACUUAUUCUCAACUUUCAUCAUGCUCUAUUUGAUUUUCCAUCAAUGAACGUGUUUCAUCACGAUCUUAACCAAGCAUAUACAACAGGUCAAUUACUAUAUGAUGACAACACUAAUCUUCGUUAUCUCGAUUAUGCUGUUAUUGAACAACAAAUAUCAAUGACUGGCGCAAGUAUGUUUUGGCUUGAUGCUCUUCAUGAUUGUAAACUUGAUCAACCUUUAUCAUUACCAUAUGAUCGAUAUCGUCUCUCAAAUGAACAUCGAACCGGUCGUGGAACAUCUGUUUCAUUUGAUUUUGGUCAAGAUCUGUCACAUGACUUUCUUGUUCAUGCAUCAUCAAAUAACAUAUCACUUGAACAUCUUGUACUUGCUACUUAUUAUGUCUUUUUAUUCAAAUUAACGAAUGGAGAAAACGAUUUAUGUACUGGAAUAAAUACACACGGACGAUAUAGAGAUGAACUUAACUCUAUCAUUGGAAUGUUUGUGAAUGCUGUACCUUUGCGAUGUCAACUAGAUCCUCAUUUAUCAUUUCAUGAUCUUACUAAGCGCGUUCGAGAUAACAUGAUAAAUUGUAUUAAGUAUUCAUAUUUUCCACUUCAACGUAUUCUCAAUCAACAUCCAAAUAUAUCAAAUCCUAUAUUUCUUGAUACAUCUUUUGAAUUUACAUCAUCUAUGUCAAAAGAUGAUGAGAAUGAAAUAAUGAUAGGUGAUAGUCGACUUUCUUUACUACCUUAUUCAAUCAAGAUUAGUGAAGAUGAAAUCAUGAGUAAAUUUGAUUUUAUUCUUAGUUUUCAACAUGAUCUGAAUCGAAAUGAAUUCUCAUGCAACAUCGAUGCAUCACUUGAUUUAUUUAAUGUUGAAACAAUUUGUAUAAUUUCACAAAGAUUACAGACAAUGUUGCAUCAACAAUUCACAUCUUUCGACUGUACAACAAACAAACCUAUCUAUGAACUAUCAUUAUUAUUAUCCAAUGAACAAUAUCUAAUGCAAUCAAUGAAUAAUACACAAAUAUCGUUUUCAUCUGCUCUCACUUGUAUUCAUCAUGAGUUUGUAUAUCAAGUAAUGAAACAUCCACAGAAACUAGCUGUUGAACUAGAUGAACAAUCAUUGACAUAUUGUGAACUCUUGUAUUAUGUUCAAGUAUUAUCUUUG